AUAACUAAUCUCAUCAUAACUUGCAUUCAAACAAAACAACCCAUUAAUAGUGUUAGAACUUUAAAUACUUGUCAUACAUACUCUCCCCAUUCAGUUUAUAUGGCAACAUUUCCUUUUUAGUCAUCUCGAAAGAAUGGAAGCUUUCCAAAAUUGAAAAUGAUGUUAUUUAAACUUCCUAUUUUACACUUAACGAAAAACUUUUAUAGCCACAUAAAUGAUGGAAUGUUCAAGAUCACAAGUUUUGAAAAGUCUUAUAACCACACAAAUGUUAUAGUAUGUUUCAAGUAUCAAAAAUCUUCAUUUCUUACUUAAACUCCCUUCCUGUUCAAACUUUGGCAUAUAUAUUGAAAUGGUGGGAGUAUUUAAUAGCUAUAAGGAUUCAUCAACAUGGUAAUAAUUCACAAAGUUGGCAUGAGCUAGAAAUCUACGCAUGUCCAUUUGCGCGUUGAUUUUCAGGCAUGGAUUUUGUGGCGGUGUCGAAGCAAAGGAGCAACAUUACUAGGAGACUGAUCUUGGCUGCUGGCCUUACUGCAAUUUGUUUCCUUAUAUUCAGAACAUCUCCUGGUUUUAGUAGUUUCAUGAAGUUUUCUCAACAUGAACCUGGUGUAACUCAUGUCUUAGUUACUGGAGGUGCUGGAUUCAUCGGUGCUCAUGCUACUCUUCGACUCCUAAAGGAUUCAUACCGUGUAACUAUAGUGGACAACCUUUCGCGUGGUAACAUGGGCGCUGUAAAAGUUCUCCAAGAGUUGUUUCCUGAACCAGGACGACUUCAAUUUAUUUAUGCUGAUUUAGGAGAUGCAGUAGCUGUUAACAAGAUAUUUAAACGAAAUGCAUUCGAUGCUGUGAUGCAUUUUGCAGCUGUUGCAUAUGUUGGUGAAAGUACACAAGAGCCUCUUAGGUAUUAUCAUAAUAUCACAUCAAACACACUGCUACUCGUUAAGGCAAUGGCGACACAUGGUGUAAAGACAUUAAUCUAUUCAAGUACUUGCGCCACGUAUGGAGAGCCUGAGAAAAUGCCUAUUACAGAACAAACCCCACAAGCGCCGAUAAAUCCAUAUGGCAAAGCAAAGAAAAUGGCUGAAGAUAUCAUACUAGACUUCUCAAAAACUUCUGAUGUAGCUAUCAUGAUAUUAAGGUAUUUCAAUGUAAUUGGCUCAGACCCUGAAGGAAAGUUAGGAGAAGCUCCUCGGCCUGAAUUGCGUGAGCAAGGUCGUAUAUCUGGUGCUUGUUUUGAUGCAGCCAGGGGAAUAAUUCCAGGACUGAAGAUAAGAGGAGUCGAUUACAACACACCCGACGGAACGUGUAUAAGAGACUACAUUGAUGUAACUGACUUAAUUGAUGCUCAUGUAAAAGCAUUAGAGCAUGCAAAACCUAGCAAAGUUGGUAUUUACAACGUCGGGACAGGAAAAGGUAGUUCAGUGAAACAAUUCGUCGAAGCUUGUAAAAGGGCUACAGGAGUGGACAUAAAGAUUGAAUACCUGACUCGACGUCCAGGAGAUUAUGCUGAAGUCUAUAGUGAUCCGUCCAAUAUUAGACGUGAACUAAAUUGGAUCGCGAGAUACACACUUGAAGAGAGUUUAUCUAUAGCAUGGAGAUGGCAAAAGGCACAUAGAAAUGGUUACAACUAAAAUAGAUAAAUUUAAGAUUAAAUUCAUUAAAAAAGAUUUUCAGCAUAGAUAACAUUAUACUUCUGACAACUGCAAUGGCUUUGGAAAAUCCUGAGUUUUAGACACACAUCAUAUUAUAGCUGAUAGUUUGUUAGAUAUAUAGCUGCAAAAUGUAUUGGCAAGUCCUUGUUUUACAUAUUCUUGCGUAUCAAAUAGGCAGUGGCGGAUUCAGGAUUUAAUUUAUUGUGCUCAAUUUUUAAGAUUCUCAGCAUUGAAUUCAUUAUACUGUAUAAAUUAUGGGUUUAGAUAUAA